UUCUAGCAAGUGUUUCCCCGAACAUGGCGGACGGUGCUUAUUCGAAUUUUCAAGGGACACAAUGAAAGUGCACCGAGUUCGCGGCGGUGAUGCCCGUGACUAAGGGCGUGUGGUAAUCCUGAGGGUGGCCGACGUGGGUAUCCGGACGCCGCUGUGAUCGUUACGGUUGCAUGCGUGCCGGCGUGUCGCCAUCCUGACUUCACGAGAUAGGGUUUUGCCGCGCCGCGAUUGUGUGUCUCAGAGCUACCGACCGUGGCGGGGCCCCCAUGGUUGUAAAUGGCUGACGGGAAUCGGAAAAUGAGGGCCGAACGUCGCGCGUGAUUCCACAGCUAAGACGCUGAGGUACGACAUACAAAAGGUGUUCAGAGAUCGAACGAUAUUCGCGCGGUCUUCUGUCCUAAAAACACCACCACCGGGUCCAAGCACCGCCCGGUGCUAGGAGCUGUCCCGGGGGUUGUUCGUGUCUAUCGUAUCACCAGUGUCUUCGUCAAUUGAUCGGUUUCUAGGCCUUUCCUAUUUUCUUGAUCAGCAAAAAGUUUGAUUUCACAUUGGAUACUUGUCAUCGAUGAUAAAAAAGUUCUCGAAAGUGUAGCCGCUCGUGCGCGACGUUUCGUCUUGUUUAGAACAGCAUUUGUAGGUGCUCUCGUUCGUUAACGAGAGCGAGAGCGCGCGGACUGGUUUUUAAUGAGAUGCCGAUCAUAUGGUCGUUAUUUCUUUCGCAGAAACAGGGUAGAAAAUGUCAGAGCCAGAAGAAAGUCUGGCAGCGCCGGAUAGUACUACGAGGGAACAGAAAUUGGGUUUCUCUCAUGGGGAUGAUGUUCUUCUACAACACAAGGAUGGAAAAUUUUAUCUUGGAACAAUUGUUGAGGUGGAUUUGGCAAGGGAGAAAUGCCUUGUCAAAUUUAUGGACAACACCUCCGCAUGGUCCUCUGUUAAGGAGCUGACAAAGCUUUCAAUGCCAGAUUCUGAUGUUAUGUGCGUUCUUUGUAAAAAAUCUCAGCCCAAGACUGAUAAUGACAUUAUAGUUUGUGACAAAUGUGGUCGUGGUUAUCAUCAACUUUGUCAUCAGCCUCAGAUAUUAAAAGAAGAAACUGCAGCUGAGGCACAUUGGAUGUGUAAAAGAUGUAUAGAUAGUCAACCAAGGACACGUGAAGUUAUAGAACCAAAAACUUCUAUGGUAAAGGCAAGUAUCAGAAAAGUUUGCAGUGGUAGGGACCAACCUCAGCCACCACCAGAUGAUAUGACAAAGUUGCCGUAUGAUCCUAAUAUGUUAAAUUGGGAUGUACAUCAUAGAGUAAAUGCAGAACAAAUUUAUUGUUAUUGUGGACUCAAUGGUGAAUGGUAUACACAAAUGUUGCAAUGUGCUCGUUGCAAGCAAUGGUUUCAUGAAAAAUGUGUUAGUUGCCUAACUUAUCCUUUAUACAGUGGAGAUAGAUUUUAUGUAUUUGUUUGUUCAAUGUGCAAUUAUGGCAAAGAAUUCGUACGGCGACUGGAAUUGAAAUGGGUAGAUCUGGUGCACCUGAUGUUGUACAAUUUGACUGUUUACAAUGCUAAAAAGUAUUAUGAUUUGGACACUGUUAUUGUACCUUAUGCCAAUGAUAAUUGGAAUACUUUACAGCUUCCACCUCGGAUCAGGGAUGUCAGUGCUCAAAUACGCAGAGAAUCUAUACUAGGAAUAUUGACAAAUAAUAGAAACAGGUUUAAAUGCGGCAGAGAAAUAAAAAAACGUACUACGAUAUGGGGUCUUAGAGUUAGAUUACCACCACCAUGUCCAAUUGUUAAUCUUCCAGCAACUGGUGUAAUAGAUGAUUCAGUGUUACGUAGAUGCUGGGGUGCUAAUAAAAGACUGCAAUAUCUUCCUCCACCUACAGGACCGAUAUCUUUACCAGAAAGUACAAAACAAUUAACUGCAUUGAAACAAAGCACAGCAGAAAAUUUAGAAAUUCCAGUGAAUCCAUCGGAUGUAGUGAUGCGUGGAACAAUUUAUCAAAACUCGGAAGCAGAACAAAGUUCGUGUCCAAGUCCAAGUCCACCGAGUCAAUCUACACAAUCUUUACGAGAAAGGUAUAGUGGAGGUGGCUUUGUAAAGAAAUCAUUCCCAUUUCCUAAACUCAGUUUACAAAGAAGAAGACGUUUAAUGGCGUUAGGAAGUUCUCGUGAAAGAAUGUUACGUAAACAUAAGAAAAGAGAAAAAGGUGAUGCUGCCUUGAGUAAGGCUCAAGGUGUUCGAGAAGCUAGAUAUAGAAAAGCAAGGAAACUGCUAAAAAACGCUAUAGCUAAGAGCAAAUCUCGAAACUCGGAAACAUCUGAUCUACCACCCACGCCUCCAACUUCAGUUUCUGGUCCACCUACACCCCCUGCUACAACCUCGGGUAUAUCUGAAUUAUCUGUGCCUAGUUCCGUGGAAUUGAUGUAUCCUUUACCACCAUCGACGCCUGCGGAUACAAGUGGGGAUGAAACUAGUUCAAGAGGGACUUUGGACUCCUUUAUUCCACCACCCAAGGACUUUGAAGGCAAGAAUAAUCCUUUUAGAAAUCUCAGUGAUUUAUUGGGUACACCUGGUAAUCUCAAUCAAACAAAUUCAAGUACCCCGUCACCGUACAAUCAAUGUCCAAUCACAUUACCUCUACCGCUUACACCUGUUAUAUCUCAACCGCCGGUAGUACGGCCAGCCAAAAGACAAUUAUCGGAAAAAGACAUUAUUAUAGACAGAAAUGGGCAAGUAAAACGUAGACGUCAACAUCGGAGGGGGCGUCCGUCGCAACAACAAAUACAACAACAAUAUCAGCAUACUGCCAGUAAGACGGCAACCAUCUUACCGGCGCGUAAUAACGAAGUUAAAAGUGAGUUUGCAAGGAAUUUAAGAAGUUCGUUUAACGGUGCCUCAAGCAGUGCUAGUAGUCAAAUUGGAAAUUGUGUUGAUUAUGCCUUAAAUGGAAGGAGACUUAGACAACGUCAAAGCAAUGACAAAUUACCACCCCCGGAUCCGCAACCGCAAAAGAAAGGUAGUGUACCUUCAUCUCCAAAGUGUUCACCCGUUAAACAAAGUGCGCCCGACAUAUCUCUGGAUGAUCUUAAGUCAUCGGUGAACAUAUAUUUUGGAGCAGCUAAUAGAAUCGCUGCUGGUGAAAAGUUCGUCAUCAGAGCAAAAAGGAUAGGACCAAACGGUCAGACUCAAUACCUAAUCGAGUGGGAGGGACUUAACACUUAACAAUAAAUAAUUUGUUUAUGAUUAUAAAUGCAUUGCAAUCGUAUAAAAAUUUCCGCUACAUCAUCGAGCAAAAGAGCGGCGUUAAAUUGUUGCUCUGAUCAUUUUCAAAAAAAGGCUCGAUAUGUGAGAGAAAUGGAUUAGUGGCAAAUUGAUCUGUGUCACAUGCACUGCCAUUCGUUACAUAUUUUUAUGUAAUAAGUAUGUAUUAUUAAUUGGUGUACGAUGUAUGACUGUUCUUGCAAAUGUAAAUUUUAUUUUAUUCGUUUAAGAAGAUCGAGAGUCUUGUGAAAACGCUGUUCCAACAACAAUAACAAUGAAUUCAUUGCUGGACAAUGAAUUUGUUUUGCCGCUUAUUCAAAAUGAAAUAUCGAUUCACAUUUUUCUUUUCUUUUCUUUUUUUUUUUUUAUUAUCCAUAUAAAAAGCGUGAAUUUUCUAUUCGAUUCAGAUUUUUAUAUUUAAAAUGUACCGUCCAUGAUUAGCUUCGAUGCAUAAAAUUCAAUUAACGUUUGUAUAUCUAUUUUAAUACAAAGGCAAAUAAAAAAAUGCAUGGAAUAUGAAGGAAAAACAUUUACAAGAACAAUCAGAUACAUUGCUUUAUAAAUUGUAUAUAUUGUAGCAUAGUAGUUUUCGCAGAAAAAUCGACGAAUGUAAAGCAAAGAGAAUCAUUUGCGCUGGAUUUUUGCAUUCAUUAGAGAUUGGCCAAUCGCUCCUUUUUUUAUGAGUUGUGGAGCAGACCAUGAUCCCAUGAUGACAAGAAAAAAAAAAAAGAAAAAAAAAAAAAGAAAAAAGAAAAAAAAUGCGAAUUGAAAAACUGACAAUUGUUCCUCUCACUUGAUCUAACGUACUAGCGACCGUUAGUGGUUAGUGUUUAAAGAAUAAAAGAAAAAUAUGGAAUAAAAAAAAAAGAAAAAGCAGACAUCCUGCAAAAGGUUAUUUUUCAAUACAAUUGUAGAGAUAGACAUCCGCUUCUGUAACUUCAUCUUCUUGAACUGUUGUCUACAUCUUCUAUCCACAUGACAAUAUAAAUAAAAUCAAAAUCAUCAAUUAACGCAUGAUCAUACUGCCACAUACUUGCACCAAUCUUUAUCUUUUAUAGUUAAAUUUUACGCUCGAAUACAUAAUGUUUGAUAAGUAUAUAGUCGCUAACGAUGCAAUUAUCCAUUAAAAUUACACGAGAUCUUCUAGAGAAGAAUUUUUAUUUUUUCAUAGACGGUUCAAGACGAUGAGGAUGCGGUUCUAGCAUUGCUCAUUAUUAUACAAGACUAAAAGGAAAGAACAUACCUAUUUCGUAAUAACGUACAAUUUAAAAAAAGUCGCAGGGCUGAGUACGUAAGUGGUUGGCCAAAGUUAUCUGUGCAAAGGAUAACGCAUUGUAAAUUUUUCUCUAUGGUUUUUUUCCGGAUCGUGAAGAGGAGAUCAUUUUGAACUCGAGAAUGUAGCGAAUCUUUAAAAACUGUUCUUGUUACAUUAAAAAGAAAAAAGAAAAAAAUGAAGAAAGAAAAAAUGUAGGGCAUGUGAAGAUAUUUGUUCGCGUGUAAUAAUAUAGACAUUUUCGCGUAGACGUAUUUUUUUCCGUUAUUCGAAAAUUUGUUUUUUAAGUUUUCUUAGAAUGAAUUUUAAAUGAACGCUGAUACGACUUGAAUUGAAUAAAAUUAAAUAAUGAAUAUUCGUACAAAAUCAUUUAUACUACUAGAUCAUUUGUCUGAUUCUCGAAUUUAUAAAUAUAAAAUCGAUACAGCACAGAAUCUAUGGUCAGAGCUUACUGAGAUCGGUAAAUAUUUGAAAGAAAAUUUUGAACGAUUCCUCUUGUUAAAUUCUUGAAUCGAUAGAAUUUAUUUAUCAGAAAAAAAAAAGAAAAAAAAAAUGUCGAAGAAAUUUAUUCGUUCACACAAAUAAUAUAUACUCUAUAUACAAUUCGAAUCUAAUUUUAUUUAAUAGUUUAUUUGGGACGACACGUAUAAGUAAGAAUUAUAAUUAUAAUUAGAAUUUAACAACGAAAAAUUUUUAGUAAGAAAGGUUGUAGUCAUCUGAUAAUAUCAAGUCUUUCUUUAGAAUUACUAAAAAAAUACAGAGAAUCGAGAGAGAAAAAAAAAAAUCAUGUUUCGCGUAAUCUAUUGCGAUUUUGCGUUCGUUCAUUUGAUUUUCGAUUUUUUUUUUUUUUUUUCAUAGAAUAAUAAUCAUACGAAUUUUUUCCUAAAUAUCUGGAUAUGAGAAAUCCGCGAGUCAUUCAUGCAUAGACAGACUUACCUAAGAUGGGUAUUUUUUAAGCGCUAUUUAUUUAAUCUACUAUACGUAAUAAUUUUUUUUUUUUUUUUUUUUUUCUCCUCCAUUGUAACUCCUUUAGAGAGACUUUUUACAAAGUCGCGACCGACUAUUGUUCGUAAACUCGGCGAGGUUAAACUUUAGUGAUUGAUGGUAAAUUGAAAUUCGAUCAAUUUCUAUCUAUAUGUACAAUUUUUCUGCCAAUAAUUAAACACACUCAUUUUUCUAUAUAAGUUUUUUAUUCUACAUUGUUUUUCCUUCAAAAGAAAUUUUUCUUUUGAUCGUCUUCGCGUAUUAGAAAAAGAAUGUGUUCAAGUGUGUUCAGACGUUUUCAAUCACAUUUAUUAUAUACACUCUAUCUACUAAAAUAGAAUUUUUUCGUAACAUUUUUGUACAAUAGAUACAUCUCUAGAAUGGUAUACGCAUAUCUUCUCUGUUUCCAAUAAUUAUGCGGUAAACUGCGCGAAGCGUUAUCAUUUACUCUCUAAAGGAAGCGGUAUAUAUGUAGGUGAAUAUUGGACGAAGACACUGCCAAACAUUUAAGUUAUAAUUUAAUAAACGACGUUAUAUAGACAAUAUAUACUGCGCUAUGAAUACGUUAAUUUUUUCUUAAUUAAACGUUUCGUUCUUUAUUGCGUUUAUAUAUAUAUAUAUAUAUGUGUAUAAGUUUCUUUCGUUCUCCCGUUUUCUUCUUCUUCGUUCAUCCGUUCACGCACGAAGAGAGACCGGAAACGGUGGGUGAACCGAAAGUCACAACUUAAAACUUCGUUCUCGUCUACGUAGAGUUAUUUUCUUUUCUUUUUUCUUUCUUUCUUUUUGCUUGCGUUGUUGAGAGAGAAAAAAAAAAAGAAAAGAAGGGAAAAAAAUGUGUUAUAAUAUAAAAUAUUCGUGCAUUUUUCGCACGAAUGAUCAGAGAGAACUCGCGAUCAGAGAGAACACUAUACACAGAAGAGGAAUUAUAACGAGUCCAUUUUCUUUUCUCCCCCCCUCGAUCAGCGUCAUCCAAGUUUCGCGAUUUCGUUCUCGAUUGUUUCUCAUGUACUAUGUUCAACUUAGGUUACUUAGAGAGAAUGAUGUAAGAUCGACGCUUACGUAUCGAAACGUCGUAUUGACCAGAUUAAUCACUUAAUCAGGCGUUGCGUUAUUACUCAUUGUAUUGUUAAACUAUUUUCUCCCCCUCCCCCUUCCCUCCUUCUCUUUCUUCCUCUCUUUCAUUUUGUUACGUUCUUGCGAUCUAUCUAUCAUAAGUUCCACGAAAAUGAUCGAUUUCCCACGUUCCACGGGGGCCUGUUUUUCGUUUGAGGUCUCCUUAAAUAUAUAUAUGCCAAUUCCAGAUCGAGUCGAUGAAAAUGUGAAAUGAAAAAUUUUCUUUUUACUUCUGCGAAAUUGAUAUUUAAAAUCUAGGAGCCAACAAUAGACAAUACAUCUUAUUAUCUUAAACUAAAGAUUAAAAAUUUCCACUGAUCAUUAGUCAAAUCUCGUUAAAAAUUAAUAAAAUAUGUCGAAAAAUGUCCGAUUUCAUUUCAAUUUUAAUAUACUCGAUCUGGCAACAAGGCGCAACACAAGAAUGGUUCGAAAGCGACGAAACGAACAGAAACGAAAUAUCCCAGAGAAUUCCUAACGAACGAACUCCGCUUAGAAACAAUCAUCUCCUGUACAAAAAGUCAGCGUUUUAGCCGCGUGUCGAGGCGAGGCGAGGCGAGUAACAUAAACAUAAACAUAAACAUAAAAAAAAACAUAGCUCUUGCGCAGAGCACUUAUUUCCAAGGAAAUGCGUUCGAUAUUAGUCGAUCGAUUUUCGUAUACGAGCACGAUUCGUGUCGGAUCGAAGCGAGAGCUCGACUCCGCGUUUCCGCAUCGUGAAACGAAAAAGGAAAAAAAAAACGAAGAUGUACUGCCAGUAUCAUAAUGUAAAUAUAUUCCUCCCAUCGUCCUUUCAGAUACAACUGCCCCUUCCCCCACUCUCUCUCUCUCUCCCAGCCUGCCCCCACUCCGCCCUUCUACGGUCCCCCUCCCCUCCCUCCUCUUCCCGUUUUUUAACGCAGAUAUUCCACGAGAUACGCGAGGAAUACGCAUAGCUCUAAUGUAACGUUUGUGUAAACGUUUGUACGCGAUUAUUGGCGGAAUAUGAGGUCGUGGAGGAGAUAUUGUUCUUCUUCGGCUCGCUUCCGAAUGAAUGCAAUUCCGACCACAUCCGUGCUAUACGUGUGCGUGGUUUAGUCGUUGGACACUUGCUGCUCUUUCGCGGGAAAAAAAAAAAGAAGAAAAAAAAAAAAA